CCUAGGAGGGAAUUCAGAAAACAUUAUUAAAAGAAACUGAAUUUGUUUGAAAAAAAUGAGAGCUUGAUAUAUGAAAUUACUUGUCGUUUCUUUUCUACUCUCUCCUUCAUUUAUUAUUUAUUUCCUUCUCCAUUUUAGAAUAGUACGAAAGAAAUAUAAACAAUCCUAUGUACAGAGAAGAACAGAGAACAGAUGGAGACAAUUUUGUGAGAAUCUUAAUUUGGAGCUUUCAAUCUACUAUUCAUUCUCUUAUUUAUUUGAUUGAUCCUGAGCUUUUAUGGGCCAGACCCACUACAUUUAGCCCAUUUCACGCCAGCAGAUGGAACUCAUCAUUAUCAUCUUCCUCUUCACGCGUAGUACGGUUGGUUCCAAUCGAUGUUCAAUCUCCAACUGGAUACAACUCUCAUAUGCCUUUGCUGGAUUGGUUCCCUAUAGUUGAUUUCCUAAGACCUGAUUUCUUGAUUGUGAGUUUGUUUACUGGUCUAAUUGAUUCAGAGAAUAACAUUUUUUUACUCUAAACUGAGAUUGUCCAAGUUCUCUUGAAUCUAAUCACACAAGGUGGAUAACAGAUUGGAGAAGUGCUAAUGAGCAUUAUGAUUCUAAUGGUUAGUAAUCCAGUUCUCUUAUGAUCACCAUCAAUACACUUUUUAUUUGUGUACGUAUUAUUGGAGAACUCAUUUUACUGCUCUUCUGUUCUCAACAACAACAUAGUGCUCUUUCUAUUCCCUAACACUGAUCUGUUAAAACUUAAAAGUUGCCGGCUUCAAGUCAACCAUCUCUCCGUGGCCUCGAUCUCAUUCCACAACGCAGCAGCGCAUGGCGUCGUCUCUCCAAUUCCUUCCUCAAAAUCUACAUUGGAUAACCUCCCAAUUGCCCGUCGUCGAUCACAGUCGACACCACGGCUGCCGUUUCCAUCUCACCAAAACCACCGCUCUGUCAAAUUCUCAACACUCUGAUCCUAAAACUGAAGUAUCUGAUGUUCCCCUUUUGUCUUCCUCCGAGGCCUAUGAAAGGUUGAAAACUUUCAGAGAGAAGAAAAGUGGUAAACAACAAUAUCUUGCCAUGUAUUCUAGUAUAUUUGGCGGGAUAACAACUGAUCCAGCUGCUAUGGUUAUUCCAAUGGAUGAUCACAUGGUUCACAGGGGCCACGGAGUCUUUGAUACCGCAGCAAUAAUGGAUGGACACUUAUACGAGCUAGAUCAACACCUUGACCGCUUUUUAAGGUCGGCAUCCAAGUCUGGAAUUGAUCCUCCAUUUGACCGUGAAAGCGUACGCAAAAUUCUCAUACAAACAGUAAGUGCUUCCCAGUGUAGAAAAGGAUCACUAAGGUAUUGGCUCUCAGCAGGACCGGGUGACUUUCAACUAUCUCCCUCUGGCUGCUACCAGUCGGUUCUUUAUGCAGUUGUCAUACAAGACCUAUCACUGGAACAGAUUAAAUCUAGGGGAGUUAAAGUCAUCACUUCAUCUGUCCCUAUUAAACAUCCCCAGUUCGCAACUACUAAGAGUGUGAAUUACCUUCCAAAUGUGCUCUCAAAGAUGGAAGCUGAGGAAGUUGGCGCUUUUGCAGGCAUUUGGCUUGAUGAUGAAGGUUUUGUUGCUGAAGGGCCUAAUAUGAAUGUGGCUUUUGUCACUAAAGAGAAGGUACUCAUAAUGCCUUACUUUGACAAAAUUCUAAGUGGCUGCACAGCUAAGAGAGUUUUGAGCCUUGCUGAGUGUUUGUUGAGGGAGGGCAAGGUUCAAAGGAUAAAGACAAAAAAUGUGACUGUUGAGGAAGGGAAGCAAGCAGAUGAAAUGAUGCUGAUUGGAAGUGGAGUUCUUGUUUGCCCUGUUGUGCAGUGGGAUGAGCAGGUUAUUGGAGAUGGCAAAGAAGGCCCUAUAACUCAGGCUCUCUUAAAUCUGAUUGUUGAGGACAUGAAAUCAGGCCCCCCUACUGUUCGCACAGCUGUUCCUUAUUGACAUGACAUUAGAUGGUGAUGAUUCAUCAGUAGUUGUGAAUCUCAGUGGCGGAGGCACAUGGGUGACUUCCCCCUCUUAGUCACCCCUGGCUUUUUGGGAUUUCUUAAAAAAAAAACUGAAGCAGAGUGAGGCCGGAGAGGAUGUGCUCGAUCUGAAGUCUGAACCUUUGUGGGUGCUUCUGAAAAAUCUCAGGGACAAGGGUGAUGAGGAGAAUUUGUAAUUGCUAGUGCUGGUUGGCUCUCUUGCAGGCUGUUUUUGAAGGGUGUGGUUGUGUUAUGGAGGAAGAUUGAUUGAUUUUAACGCGGUGCACCCUGCGGUGGGCAUAGAAGAUUGAUUGAUUAAACCCAUCUGAGACCAUGUUCUUCUCGCUGGAUAAUAUUUUAUUGCUGAUGUAGCAGUUUUUUUUUUUUUCUUUUUCUGGUUUGGAUCUUUGCUACGCUGUUUUCUCGUCCCCUGUAAAACUUCUUCUCUGUUCUUUAUUGGCCCUUGGGUCUGUACAUUUCUUUCUUUUGGCAAUUGACACUUCUUGUGCUACUCAUAUAUAUACAUUUGGCUUACAUUAAUAAAAGCUAGGCUAAGGUUUAUCUCA